UGAAACUGAAACUGAAACAUUCACUUCUCUCUCUCUCUCCUCUCCAGAGUUUUCAGUUUCGAUCUAUCAAAAGUUUCGAACUUUAAAUGGCAAGUGGAAGAGACAGAGACGACCCUUUAUCCUUCACCAGCAACCCAUCGUCGGCUUCCUCUCCGGUCACCGUAUCCGAUUACCUCGACAACUUCGGCGAGCCCACUUCUCGCUCCGGGAGCUUCCAAAGCGAGAGCUUGCUCGGCGGAGGCGGCGGAGAUAGCAGUAACGACGCCGAUUACGGAUUCGCUCGUCCCGAUUUCCGAUCGGAGCAACUCGCUGGAACCGUUCAGUUCUACGAGAGGCAUGUUUUCCUCUGCUACAAAAAGCCUUCCGUGUGGCCCGCCAGGAUCGAGGCGGCGGAGUUCGAUCGGUUGCCUAGGCUGCUCUCUGCUGCUGUAUCGGCCAGGAAAGGCAGCAUGAAGAAGGAGACUCGACUCACAAUAUGCGAGGGCCACGAUGGAACAGAGACAUCCAAUGGUGAUGUACUCAUCUUUCCUGAUAUGAUAAGAUACAGAAGGUUGACUCAUUUUGAUGUGGACACAUUUGUGGAAGAGGUGCUUGUGAAGGAUGGUGAAUGGCUUCCUGGAAAUCCUGAAAUGCUUAAAGGCUCAUAUGUCUUUGUCUGUUCCCAUGGAUCCCGAGACCGACGAUGUGGGGUUUGUGGGCCGCCGUUGGUUAGUAAAUUCAGAGAAGAACUUGAGUUUUAUGGUCUUCAAGGUAAAGUGUCAGUUAGCCCAUGUUCUCACAUUGGUGGUCACAAAUACGCUGGGAAUGUUAUCUUCUACCAAUCAAAGAUCCACAGGAAAGUCACAGGACACUGGUAUGGGUAUGUGCAACCAGAUGAUGUACAUGUUCUCUUGGAGAAGCAUAUCAUCAAAGGGGAGAUUGUAGACCGGCUAUGGAGGGGUGAAAUGGGUCUAUCAGAAGAAGACCAGAAGAAAACUCAAGAAAGACGGUUGCAGGUAAACGGUGCUGGCCAUACAGUUAAGAACAACGGGAAAGUCACUCAGGAAUCAUCAUCAGCUCACAGCGCCGAUGUUUCCUGCUGCCAGUCAGGAGCUGCAGAAUCUAAUGGUUGUUGCCAACAAAACGGGAACAGCUCCUCGUGUUGUCAAGACACAACCAUGAUGUUGUCUCUGGAAACCUCGGAAGAUAAUCAACUUGAAAAUGAGAACAACACUGAGAAGCUUACACCGGGAAGAAAAACUGCGGAAAAGACUUUCUUCAGAAUAAAUAGUGUCAAAGGAUCUUCAACACGUAAGGUUUGCGCAAUACCAACAUGGUUAGAGAGCUGGGAGCGAGAAGAUACGUAUGCCGCUCUUGCUGUUGUCUGCGCUGCUGCUUCUGUGGUUGUUGCCUAUACUUGCUACAAACAGUUAUAAUGAAGAAGUUUGUAGCCUAAGAUGAUUGUGCAUUGUGUUUUGUUUCUGCUUUUAAACUACAUGUCCCCUUCGUUUCAAGAGGAGGGUGAUGUUAGUACUGUUUGGUAAUAUGUAUCCAGUUUUAACUCUGUCCUACUACUUUGCAAGAUUGGUCUAAAUGACAAGACUCUCGAGUGAUGAAAACA